CACCACACCUGCCCAUCAUGUCGCUCUCCAACAAGCUCGCCCUCUCGGACAUCGACGUCGCCGACAAGCGCGUCCUCAUCCGCGUGGACUUCAACGUCCCCAUGGACGGCAGCACCAUCACCAACCCGCAGCGCAUCACCGCGGCCCUGCCGACGAUCAAGUACGCCAUCGAGAAGAAGGCCAAGGCGAUCAUCCUCAUGUCGCACAUGGGCCGCCCCGACGGCAAGCCGACGCCCAAGUACAGCCUGAAGCCCGUGGCGGACAAGGUGUCGGAGCUGCUCGGCAAGCCCGUCGAGUUCCUGCCCGACUGCGUCGGCGCCGAGACGGAGGCGGCCGUGGCCAAGGCGUCGGGCGGGCAGAUCAUCCUGCUCGAGAACCUGCGCUUCCACAUCGAGGAGGAGGGCAAGGGCGUCGACGCCGACGGCAACAAGGUCAAGGCGGAUGCGGAGAAGGUCAAGGCCUUCCGCGCCAGUCUGACCAAGCUCGCCGACGUGUACGUCAACGACGCCUUCGGCACGGCGCACCGCGGCCACUCGUCGAUGGUCGGCGUGCAGCUCGAGCAGCGCGCCUCGGGCUUCCUCAUGAAGAAGGAGCUCGACUUCUUUGCCAAGGCCCUCGAGAGCCCCGAGCGCCCCUUCCUCGCCAUCCUCGGCGGCGCCAAGGUUUCGGACAAGAUCCAGCUCAUCGAGAACAUGCUCGACAAGGUCGACAAGCUCAUCAUCUGCGGCGGCAUGGCGUUUACCUUCAAGAAGACGCUCGACGGCGUGUCGAUCGGCAACUCGCUCUUCGACGAGCCCGGCUCCAAGAAGGUCGGCGAGCUCGUCGAGAAGGCCAAGAAGAACAACGUCGAGCUCGUCUUCCCGGUCGACUACGUCACGGCCGACAAGUUUGCCAAGGACGCACAGGUCGGCAGCGCCACGGACGCCGAGGGCAUUCCCGAUGGCUGGAUGGGCCUCGACGCCGGCCCCAAGUCGCAGGCCCUCUUUCAGGAGACGAUCAAGAGCGCAAAGACGAUUCUCUGGAACGGCCCUGCCGGCGUGUUUGAGUUUGAGAACUUCGCAAAGGGCUCAAAGGCCAUGCUCGACGCCUGCCUCGAGGCCGAGAAGGCCGGCACGACGGUCAUCGUCGGCGGCGGCGACACCGCCACCGUGGUGGCCAACUACAAGGCCGAGGAGGGCAUCAGCCACGUCUCGACCGGCGGCGGUGCUUCGCUCGAGCUGCUCGAGGGCAAGACGCUGCCCGGCGUUGCUGAGCUCAGCAGCAAGUGAGCGCCUUCAAGCGUCUCCCAUUCACCUCGUGCGCUGAGGCGCGCCCCAUCACACCCCAGCGGGCACGCACGACUCUCGGCCAGCUUGUAGAUUCUCCCUCUUCUCUUUGUCACGUCUGUAUCUUUCCCCGCCCACCAAAGGCAAACGC